AUGCUUCAUGGACGACUGGAGAAGCGGCGAAGUGGGUUGGUCUUGCAGUACUGCAGCACGCAGCAAGGCCCGCACGCAGCAAGGCGGUGGCAAGGCGCAUGGCACAGUAUGGCGUGGAACAAUCGGCGUGCGCCGAGUCGAGGCGCCGCCGGUAUGCUUUGUACCGUAGUCGCUCCGUGCAGUGGCGAGUGGCGAGUGGGUGCCACCGAGGUUGAUAGUCGAGGUCGAGGUCGCCGUCACCGCUGCCUGUGGCCUCGCCACCUACAAAGAUGCUAUCGAGCGGACGGCGUCAAGCGACAACAUGAUGCAAGAUCGCGAAAAACGGCUACGGAAAUGCGGUAUCUUAACCUUCUCGUCGGGCUCGCGGGCGUCGCCGGCUACAACCCGCAGGGCGGCGACCUCUGCGCGACGCUCAACAACUGCAACGGCCAUGGCUUUUGCAAUACGCACACAAAGGUGUGCACGUGCCAGGUUGGGUGGGGCGCGCCGACCGACAUUUCAAUCUGGAAGAGCCCCGACUGCUCGCUGCGCACGUGUCCGGCGGGCCUCUCGUGGACCAGCGUCCCGACGUCCGAGACGACGGGCCAUACUGUGCUCGCCGAGUGCUCGGACAUGGGCAUCUGCAACACCAACACGGGCGAAUGCACCUGCUUUCCCGGUUUCCAGGGCCUCUCAUGCGAACUCGCGGGCUGCCCGAACGGCUGCUCGGGCCACGGCCGCUGCCUUGCGAUGCGGUACCUGGCGGGCCAAGCAACGGCACUACCGCUCUCGCCAGCGAGAACCUACUAUGGGCUCCAGACGACCACGACAUGGGACCAAGAGCGCAUCUUUGGCUGCGUGUGCGACUCGUCAUGGCCCGUCGGCCUGGCGUCCGGACAGACCCAAGUGCCAGAGUGGUUUGGCGCCGAUUGCUCCCUUCGGCGCUGUCCGUCCAACAAUGACCCGCUCUCCGGUGUCAUCGACACCGACUGCGCGGGCGUCGCCGCGGCUGGAAGCACUUCGGUGGGCGCCGCCGGCAACCUUUGCUACGUCGAGUGCUCCAACCGAGGCAUCUGCAACUACAAGGACGGCACGUGUGCUUGCUUCGAAGGGUUCCUAGGCGUCGACUGCAGCGUGCAGGUCGCUGGGUAG